CGCCCUCCCGGCGCGGUGGCCGCGGAGAGAAAGUAAGGUGAAAAAGUCCAAGUGCUGCUGCGGGCGCGAUGGGGGCCGGCUCCUCAAGCUACCGGCCCAAGGCCAUCUACCUGGACAUCGAUGGACGCAUCCAGAAGGUGGUUUUCAGCAAGUACUGCAACUCCAGCGACAUUAUGGACCUGUUCUGCAUCGCCACUGGCCUGCCUCGGAACACCACCAUCUCCCUUCUGACCACGGAUGACGCCAUGGUCUCUAUCGAUCCCACCAUGCCUGCGAACUCAGAGCGAACUCCCUACAAGGUGAGACCUGUGGCUGUCAAGCAACUAUCUGAAAGAGAAGAACUCAUCCAGGGUGUGCUGGCCCAGGUGGCAGAGCAGUUCUCCAGAGCGUUUAAGAUCAACGAGCUGAAAGCAGAAGUUGCAAACCACCUGGCCGUGCUGGAGAAACGGGUGGAACUGGAAGGACUUAAAGUGGUGGAGAUCGAAAAAUGCAAGAGUGACAUUAAGAAGAUGCGGGAGGAGCUGGCCGCCAGAAACAGCAGGACCAACUGUCCCUGUAAAUACAGUUUUUUGGAUAACAAGAAGCUGACACCCCGACGUGAUGUCCCCACUUACCCCAAGUACCUGCUCUCCCCAGAGACCAUCGAAGCCCUCCGGAAGCCCACCUUCGAUGUCUGGCUUUGGGAACCCAACGAGAUGCUGAGCUGCUUAGAGCAUAUGUACCAUGACCUCGGCCUGGUCAGGGACUUCAACAUCAACCCCAUCACACUCCGCAGAUGGCUGCUCUGUGUGCACGACAACUACAGGAACAACCCCUUCCACAACUUCCGGCACUGCUUCUGUGUGACGCAGAUGAUGUACAGCAUGGUCUGGCUCUGUGGCCUCCAGGAGAAGUUUUCCCAGAUGGACAUCUUGGUCCUGAUGACCGCAGCCAUCUGCCAUGAUCUGGACCACCCAGGGUACAACAACACAUACCAGAUCAACGCCCGCACGGAGCUGGCUGUGCGCUACAACGACAUCUCACCUCUGGAGAACCACCACUGCGCCAUUGCCUUCCAGAUCCUGGCAAGGCCUGAGUGCAACAUCUUCUCCAGUGUGCCACCUGAGGGCUUCAGGCAGAUCAGGCAGGGCAUGAUCACAUUGAUCUUGGCCACCGACAUGGCAAGGCACGCUGAAAUUAUGGAUUCUUUCAAAGAAAAAAUGGAGAAUUUUGACUACAGCAAUGAGGAACACCUGACGCUGCUGAAGAUGAUUCUCAUAAAAUGCUGCGAUAUCUCCAACGAAGUCCGUCCCAUGGAGGUGGCAGAGCCAUGGGUGGAUUGUUUACUGGAAGAAUACUUCAUGCAGAGUGACCGUGAGAAGUCAGAAGGCCUUCCUGUGGCCCCAUUCAUGGACAGGGACAAAGUGACCAAAGCAACAGCCCAAAUUGGGUUCAUCAAGUUUGUCCUGAUCCCAAUGUUUGAAUCAGUGACCAAGCUCUUCCCCAUUGUCGAGGAGACCAUGCUACGGCCACUCUGGGAGUCUCGCGAACACUAUGAGGAGCUGAAGCAGCUGGAUGACGCCAUGAAGGAGUUACAGAAGAAGACAGACAACUUGACAACUGGGGGCACGGAAAACGCCACUGAGAAGAACAGAGAUAAGAAAAACAGUGAAGGACAUUCUCCUCCAAACUGAUGGCUCAAUGUGUAGGCAGACUGGACUAGUUAAAGCAACCGAACCAUGGCCUCUGAGUGGACAGGGAUGGGGAACCUCACAGGAUCCUCCACGCAAGGACGGUCACACCCAGGCGACCCCGGAUGACCUGCGACAGACCAUGUUUUCUAAGAUCCGUUUUGUUCACUGAUAUAAAAAAAGGAAUUCAUGAUGCUGUACAGAAUUUUUAUUUUUAAACUGUCUUUUAAAUAAUAUAUUCUUAUACAGAAAUGGGUCUGUACUUUUUCUUUGGGUUUUGCACUCGGGCUUCCAAGGACUCUGGUUUUCCCUGGGAUGUAUCUUCAAAUGGUUGAGCAGUAAUGUGACCCAAGGGUCCAUGUAAAUUCCACAUUAAACAUGAGAAUGGUGCCCGA